CUUAUCUGCUAGAGAUGAAUUGCUGCAACUAUGUUCAGCCAUAUCCGGCUCACGGCCACUUUUAUCAUCAACAACAACAACAACACAAUUUCUGUUAUGACAAUACCAACGCUUAUGGGGCUGGUGCGUAUGGAAUUAGCGGUGGGCUUGGAACAGCUCCGCUCUCCGAUGCUGUCGAACCCAAUGCCUUGCGAUACAACAGACUCCCGCCUGCCUAUCCGACAGAUUACGUGUACAAUCCGAAAGAGGCACGAUUGCGAAAGGCGAUGAGAGAGCAGAGCCGAGAAUUAUCGAGACAGACGAUAUUACAAACGGCGAUAGCAUCCGCAGGAGGGAACACGAGCGUCGGCGGUCCUGGUUGCGGUAGCAACAGCGUCGCCGAUAAUAUAUCACCAUCCUUGGCAACAGGAUCGACGAAUUUUCUAAAUCAUCCACUAAACUGUUCGGCAUCGGUCGUUAACGGGGGAUCGAUCGGUGCUGCGAGCGUUUCCUCUUUGCCCGGUAGUCCAUCGUUCAACACCGGCAAUCGUAUAAUCAAUCCGUGGUUUCCUCCUUCUCAUGCUCCAUCCACGAACCAUUUGAAGCCGAUACUAUCGCCGAGGGUCAUGACGGUGGCCCAGCACCAGCAACAGCAGCAACACCGAACGUUCGAUAAGACCAAAGAGGUUUUGAGAAAACAGGCUGAAUGUGCCGGCUUUUCCGCAGCCUCUAAUCCUCCCACCUAUUCCAACGAGUUUUCCGCUCACGGGAAUUCCGGAAAUUUGGCAGGACACCAACCGUCCUCCCACGAGCCCAACGAUUAUUGCGUUAUCGCUGAAUUUUCCGACGCCCAAAAAUGGCAUCCUUAUCAAAACGGUCCAACGCCUUAUCACUCGAGGUCGGGCGGCGCACUCUCGAAAAUGGGAAACCUACAACCAGCUAUGCAAUCGAAUAACGUGCAUGCACACACUGGCUGGAACCAGUUCUGUACCGUGCCACUUGCCACCGUGCCUCGAGGGCCCAGGCACAUGGUCUUCCUCCAGGAACACCAGCAAAACCAGCAUUGUGGAUAUCCGGACGAGAUGCAAAUGCCCUACAUGCAGAACAAGCACAUGGAAAUCAGCCACAGACUCCAUCCGAGUUAUUCCCAACAAGAGCAGCAGUCGAAGCUGCAAUCGAACGCGAUGUCGCCGUUGAACAUGUCGCAGCUGCGUGAUCCGGAGAAAAGGAUGGAGGACGGUCCUCGAUGGGAAUCGUCGAACGGCGGCCAGGGCGUGGGGUGUGCGAAUGAGAGUUCGCUCGUGAUGAGAUCGAGGCGCGAGGGCGAGGCGAAGAUUCAGCAGGAUGAGCAGGAGCAGGACCGAACCGACGGUCAGGAGGGCGGUCAUCAGUUGGUGAAAAAUCGUGAGCCGCAGCAACGAGAGCAACGUUACAACGGGGAGUGCCCGAGUCCGAGUGAAUCGAGGCACAAGAAAUCAGGGAAUUGUAGCAAGCAACCGUUGCCAGGUUUUCACCAAGCGUUUGGCUCGACGGAAAUCGGGCGCUUCUCGAGAUCGGAAUUUUUCGCAAAUAUGGUCGGCGGUGACGCGAACAACCUCAUUGCCGACGGCUUCCUGCCAGCUUCCAUACUCCCGUUCUCAAGCAAUUCCAAAAUUGCCAUUCGAUCUUCCAACUCCCUUGGGUUCCCACAUUUUCCUAACGAGGAACAAGUCUUGCAACAAAUCUUACCGGAUGAUUGCAUCUGGAUCGCACCCAUCCCUGCACACACCGCCGUUUCUGAUUCCAGUGAGACCAAAUCGGGCUACGCAUUUCUCGAUUAUUCGCGUCGACUGAAUCAGCAGGAUUGGCUGCACGCGACGGCCGGUAAGAUGUUGAAAAAUCGGGAAAGUGAAUUGGUCGAGCAGCCGAGCGGAGCCUUCUCCGUUCGAGACGACGCGCUCCUGAGGCCGCGUGAUCACCGGCCGGAGCGUCGAGAGUACAGCGAAAGCAAUUGCAGCGCUUCGAGCACGAGUAGCGUCAGUUACGCCUUCCACGAUAAUCGGGGCAAAGAAAAUUUCCGGGAGAAGAGAACCGAGUCGAACGGGGAGGAGGUCGUGGAGCCGGAAAAUUUGUCAUCCCGAUCGAACCCAGCGGACGAUUCUCCGCGGAGAGAAACUCCGGAGGCUCCGAAGUAAGGGAGCGAGAGUUGGCGUGCUUUUUCAACGUUGCGCACUGUGCUCGACCCCUUUUUCGCAGCAUCGAACGACGGAGAUUCAAACUCACCGAAUGACUGCGCGCGCCCAGAAAAAGUGAAUGUUCGAAAACUAUUUGUAAAAUUGGGAAAAACGAAUAUCACGAAAUCCCCAAAAAAUUCAGCGUUCCCUCCCAACCGUUUGGUGCCAUUGGAAAGGAAAGUUUAGUCGAUAGGAUAGAAAAUAAAAUAGAAUUUAAUCGUUAAGAGCGAACGGUCGUUGACGCAUAACUGCGAUUUGUUAUUCGAAUUCUCGACUCCAUUUGUGUUCGAUCAUCGAUGUUACGAUGUGUAUUUGCCAAAAUAUAUGAUAUUCGUUGAUGGAGAGAAGAACAAAGUA